UCUGUCCGUGUGAGGUCCCGUGACAAAUUUCAUUGGAACUUUGUGCGGCCAGGAAACACUCAUGUUUCCUGAUGCGCUCAGUUGUCGGACGGCUGUGAGCAGAGAGAGAAAGCACACUUUCAUUUGGAGGGUUUAGGGACUUUCGUCCCUGCCCGACCGGGACAUAUGUUUGCUACCUUAGCAGCUUAACUGCCGUAGAGCGAAAAAUCCCCGCUGGAACUGCGAAAUUAAAGGAACACCGCAUCAAAAUCCUGAAAGUAGAGACCCAAAAUGAGGAUUGGGCAGUCGUAUACUUGAAGCCUUUUCCUGGGGGACACGUUACUGCACCUUUGAAUGCUGACCGGCCCUAAGAUGGAGGACCAACCCAGUUUUCCCAAUGUCAGCAUCCCUUGCCACAAUGAGCAGAGGGACAAGAAAAAGCGUUACACAGUUUACAAAGUGAUUGUCAAUGUUGGACAACAGGAAUGGUUUGUCUUCAGGCGAUAUGCAGAGUUUGAUAAACUCUUUAACACAUUAAGGAAACAAUUUCCAUCUAUGAACUUGAAAAUUCCAGCUAAAAGGAUAUUUGGGGACAACUUUGACCCGGAGUUCAUCAAGCAAAGAAGAGCCGGGUUACAUGAGUUCAUCAAAAGACUCGUCUCACAUCCUCAGCUUUGCAACCAUCCAGAUGUGAGGGCAUUUUUACUAAUGGAAAAAAGGGAACAAAUAUCAGAUGCCUCUGAGGAUGAAGAUGAAAAGAACAACUCUACCUCCAGAAACAUCAACCUGGGACCCUCUGCAAAUCCACAAGCCAAGCCCACAGACUUUGACUUUUUAAAAGUCAUAGGAAAAGGGAGUUUUGGGAAGGUUUUCCUCGCUAAACGAAAACACGAUGGAAAGUUUUAUGCCAUCAAGAUCUUACAAAAAAAGGUCAUUCUCAACAGGAAAGAGCAAAAACACAUCAUGGCAGAACGCAACGUUUUGCUGAAGAACGUGAAACAUCCCUUCUUGGUCGGGCUUCAUUAUUCCUUCCAGACUAAAGACAAGUUGUACUUCGUGUUGGAUUUCAUCAAUGGAGGAGAACUUUUCUUUCAUCUUCAAAGAGAAAGGACCUUUCCGGAGCCCAGAGCAAAGUUCUACAUUGCUGAAAUGGCAAGUGCGCUGGGAUACCUGCAUUCUCUCACGAUUGUUUACAGAGACUUAAAGCCAGAAAAUAUCCUUCUUGACCACGAGGGGCAUAUCGUACUCACAGACUUUGGAUUGUGCAAGGAAGGCAUUUCCCAGAAGGAUACUACCACUACAUUUUGUGGAACACCUGAGUACUUAGCUCCAGAGGUCUUGAAGAAGCUGCCAUAUGAUCGCACAGUAGACUGGUGGUGUCUGGGCUCAGUGCUGUAUGAAAUGCUCUUUGGUCUACCACCUUUCUACAGCAGGGACACACACGAGAUGUAUGACAACAUCCUCCACAAGCCGCUAACCAGGCGUCCCGGUGCCUCCAACACAGCCUGGUCUCUCCUCGACGGGCUGCUGGAGAAAGAUGGCAAGCGCAGACUGGGAUACAGGGAAGACUUUAUUGAGAUCAGAAGACACAGCUUCUUCUCUUCCAUCAACUGGGAUGACCUUGAGCAGAAGAAGAUCCCUCCCCCUUUUACACCACUUGUGAGCUCUGUCAGUGAUAUCUCAAACUUCGAUCCUGAGUUCACAGAGGAGAUGGUCCCCAACUCAGUGUGCUGGUCUCAAGAACAGUCGAUUGUCAACGCUAGUGUUAUGGAAGCCGAUGACGCUUUUGUGGGCUUCUCUUACGCACCACCUUCUGAUGAUUCUUUCCUAUGAAACAUUCCCAUAGAAGCAUUCAGUUGCCUUAACCAUUGUAACUUUCUUUUUUUUUUUUCUAAAGGGAAGCAGUAUAAAUGGAUUAACUUGUUAUGUGAAGCCAAAGCAAGCAGCUGAGAAGGAACUGCACUCAAAACAGAUUUUGGUUGAAACAAGAUAUUAUUUUACCUGUAUUUAUAAAAACAAAAAAUGUACAUCCAACAGAUUCUAUUUUUUAGAUUUAGGGACCACUGUUCUUUAUUAAAGUGAUUUCUGUCAGUUUACAAAAUAAGCCUUUAUAUUGCCUUAAAAUUAUCCCUUAAAUAAAGUCAGUAUGCAGUUUUCUGACAAACUUGAACAGUUCACUGGAUUUUAAGUGACUCAAUUUGACUCUCAGACACAAUUGUGUUUGUUUAUGUAAUUACUGUAAAAAGAAAAAACCCUAUUGUUUAUAUUCACAUUCACAUUAAGCUGGAAGUGGGGAUUACUUGAGAAACCAGUAAAUGCAGCAUUUUGGUUUGUAGGUCACAUUUGCAAAAUGGAAAAGAGACUGUCUUCUGCUUCAUAAGUUACCUUUCUAUAUGAUUUUUUUAUUGAACUGUAUGUGUUUAUUUUUUCUGUUAUUUGCAUUAACAGUUUUUUUAAUUCAGAAAUUAAAAAUCCACAAUGCUUUUCUUUGUCUGGCAAUUAAGUAGUCCUGUAUUCCUGCACAACAAUA